UUACUUUUUAUAGUGAACUUGUUUACGUUAUCGAUAAUGUAAAAUAGAAUAUUAAAUACUGUACAAACUGUAUCAGAAAUGUUUUGGCAAGUAAAAAAUUUGAAAACUUGUUGAGUACGAUAAUCUGUUUUGUUUAUCUUGUAUAUCAGACCAAGCAAGAUGAGCUUUUGUUAGAAAUAACAUUCGAAGCAAAUAAAAUUUGCGAAAUCGCCAGAAGUGGUUAUUGUAAUUUUAUUGCAUACGGUAUUCUGUUGGUUUACACCUAGUAUCAGGACAAGGAAAAAUGCUUUGGAUAUGAGUUACUUGAUUAGAGCAGAUAAAAUUUGAUAUAGAAUGAAUAUCGAAGAGUCGCUGCAGAUUAGGCUAGAAACGAAACAUUUCGAUUUAAUCGAAGCUCAGUGCUCUAAUGAUGCCGAUCAAAUAUUCAAAAACCAGCAAGACGAUGACGACAUAAAUAAAGCUACAGAUAUUGAAAUUGAAAAUUUUAGUUCUUCAAAUAACGAAUGUGACACAGAGGAAAGGUGUACUCGACUCUUGGAAAGUACAAACACCGAACAAUCACCGCACGAUAUCAAAAUCUACAAUGCAUCUGAUCAAACCGCAACUGAUUCAAUUCCUGAUUCGAACAGUUUGCAAGUAGUAGCCCCCAUUUCAACCGACGAUUCCUCACAGCCAUACGAAUGCGAGAUUUGUAGCAAACGGUUCAGUCGGAAGAGAUACCUACAGGAACACGCCCGUAUACACGAACGGUCUUUCAGUUGCGAUGUCUGCGGUAAAGCAUUCUCUAGGCGCUGUGAUAUGCGGCGUCAUCAGUACCUGCACACCAAUACGCGGCCGUGCAAGUGCACCGUUUGUGGCAAAGGUUUUAUCAGCCAAGGUGCGUUAACCAAACACAUGCCCAUUCACAGGGAUGAGCGGCCGUACAAGUGCAACGUGUGUGGCAAAGGUUUUCCCCGCCGCACUAGCCAGACCAAUCACAUGAUCCUUCAUAGGGAUGACCGGCCGCACAAUUGCAACGUGUGUGGCAAAGGUUUUACCGUCAAAGCGAGCCUGGUUACACACAUGCUCAUUCACAAGGGUGAGCGGCCUUAUGAGUGCACCGAGUGUAGCAAAGAUUUUACCACAAAAUUUCGACUUAACAAACACAUGCUCACUCAUACGAAUGAGCGGCCAUACAAAUGCGCUGUAUGUGAUAAAAGUUAUAACCAUCAAAGUAUCCUUACAACACACAUGUUCAUUCAUACGGGAGAGCUCCCGUUCAAAUGCACUGAGUGUGGCAAACAAUUUCCCUCAAAAUAUAGACUAACCAAUCACGAGUUCAUUCAUACGAAUGAGUGGCCGUUCAAGUGCACUGUGUGUAGCAAAGGUUAUGCUCAAGAAUUUGAGCUGACCAGACACAUGUUCGUGCAUACGGAUGAGUGGCCAUUCAAGUGCACUACCUGUGGCAAAGGUUUUGCCUCUCAAACGAACCUGACCACACACCUGAUCCUCCAUACGGGUGAGUUACCCUACACAUGCACUGUGUGUGGAAAAGGUUUUAUUCAAAAAUGUCUGCUGAACGUGCACAUGGGUCUUCAUACGCGGUCUUACAUGUGCGCUAUGUGUGACAGAAGUUUUAGCAAUUCAACUAAACUGUCAAGACACAUGCUGGCUCAUACCCAGCGAUGUACCAUGGCCUCCUGCGCACAAGAAGAAACUUCCAACAGUUUGCAAGCAGCAUCCCCUAUUUCAGCCCACGAUUCCACCCAACCAUACGAAUGCGAGAUUUGUAGCAAACGAUUCAGUCGGAAGAAGAACCUGCAGAAUCACACCAGAAAACAUGACCGGUCCUUCAGUUGCGAUGUCUGCGGUAAGGCAUUCUCUAGGAGUUUCGAUCUGCUGCGUCAUCAGUUCAUCCACACCGAACAGCGAGCUUACAAAUGCACCAUGUGCUGCAGAGAUUUUGACCGGAAAAGCCGAUUCAUCAAACACAUGGCGGUUCAUAAGGGUGAGCGGUCGCACAAAUGCAGCGUGUGUGGCAAAGCUUUUAUUCACCAAACAAGCCUAACCGACCACAUGCUUCUGCACAGGGAUGAGCGGCCGUACAUUUGUAACGUAUGUGGUAAAGGCUUCACCCGCAAACCGAACCUGAGCGUACACAUGUCCGUUCAUAUGAGUGAUCGGCCUUACAAGUGCACCGAGUGUUCGAAAUCGAACCCAAUUGUGGGUAUCGAUAAAUUAGCGUACAUUGAUACAUCACGUUUGACAGUUGAAUCGUUCGUUUGUUCAAAUUAUUGUUUACCUGGAGUUAAUAAUAUAGAGCAUAAACUAUUGAAAAUACUGCAAUACAAUAUGAAUAUGGAAGAGUUUCAGCAAAUUGAGAUAGAAACAAGAGAUUUCCAGCUAACAGAAUCUCAGGGCUUCAACGAUGAUAAUAAAAUAUCCGACGAAGUUGCUGCAAACAAUUCAACCGAAGCUGAUUGUGGCACAGAGGAUAAGAGUACUCUACAUUUAGAAAUUACCGGCACCGAACAAUUACGGCUAAAUACGGUAUCUAAUCAAAUCGUAAAGAAUCCCACAGCCUACGCAAAAGACGACAGUUUGCAGGAAGCAUCCUCCAUUCCGACCGGUGAUUCCACCCGGCCACACGCAUGCGAGAUUUGCGGCAAGCGAUUCAUCUAUAAGUGGAACAUGGUCGAGCACGUCCGGAUACAUAGCGGUGAACGUCCAUUCAGUUGUGAUGUCUGUGGUAAGGCAUACUCUAGGAAACAUGAUUUGCAGAACCAUCAGAACAUCCACAUCGAUAAGCGGCAGUUCAAGUGCACCGUGUGUGGCAAAGAUUUUACCAACCGAAAUAGUUUAACCAAGCAUAUGGCGGUUCAUUUGGGUGAGCGGAAGUACAAAUGCAAAGAGUGUGACAAAGAUUUCAUCCACCGAGCUAGCCUAACCAAGCACAAGCUCUUUCAUAUGGAUGAGGGACCGUGUAAGUGCACUGUUUGUGGGCAAGAUUUUGCCCACAAACAUAAGCUGAAAAUACACAUGCCCAUUCAUACGGGUAAGUGGCCUAACAGCUGCACUGUGUGUGGCAAAGGUUUUUUCUACAAAUAUCAGCUGACCUCACACAUGAUCGUUCAUACGAAUGAGCGGACUUACAAAUGCGCGUUGUGUGACAAAGAUUGCAACAAUCAAACUGAGUUGACAACGCACAUGUUCAUUCAUACGGGUGACUGGCCUUACAAGUGCACUGUGUGUAGCAAAGGCUACAGUCAUAAAUGUAAGCUGGAGGAACACAUGCCCAUUCAUACGGGUGAGUGGCCGUUCAAGUGCACUGUAUGUGACGAAGGUUUUUCUCACAAAUGUAAACUAGAGAAACACAUGAUCGUUCAUACGGGUGAGUGGCCGUUCAAGUGCACUUUGUGCGGCCAAGGUUUCAGUUACAAUUUUAUGUUGGAGAAACACAUGUUUGUUCAUACGAAGGAGCGACCUUACAAGUGUACCGAGUGUAACAAAGGCUUUACCCACCCGCACAGGUUGACCACACACAUGCUCAUGCAUACGGGCAAAUGGUCUUACAAGUGCACCGUGUGUGGUAAAGGUUUUGUUUACGAAUAUAAGUUGACCACACACAUGGCCAUACAUACGAAUGAACGGCCUUACAAGUGCACUGUAUGUGACAAAGGUUUCAACAAUAAAAUUAACCUGGCAAGGCACAUGUUGGUUCAUACGGAUGACUGGCCCUACAAGUGUACUGUGUGUGGCAAAGGUUAUACUCACAAAUGUAAGCUGGACAAACACAUGCUCGUUCAUACGGUGGAUGAGUCGUUCAAAUGCCCUGUAUGUAGCAAAUAUUUUGUGCGUAAGGCUUAUCUAACCAAGCAUAUGGCAGCUGAGACAUGUGUGGCAAAGGAUACAUUACCGAGUGUUGAUUGAAGAAGCGCAAACAUAUUCCUACCACUGAGUGAUAUCUGAUACGGAGUUCUCAUUUACACUAACCGUGAUAUUUGUGAAUUUAUGGAUAUUUCAACAAUUUUAAGAAAAAAACGAAACGAAAGCAAUGAAAUUGAAAGACUGAUAGGUAUUCUAGAGCGAAUCAGUUAUAAGCUCAUACGGACAUGCUCGAAAGGAAGGUUUUAUUAGCAUUAAUUUUGCCGAAAAUUUGCAACAAAAUCGAUUCAGUAGAACCACAGAUAACAGACGUUUAGGCUCGAUUUGAAACGUGUGUAAAUACCCGCUACUGAAACUCCGAAUAAAUGAGACGUUUGAAACACGUUUGGCAAACGUUUGCAGGUGGCGCAGUGAUCUAUGCAAUACAGCUGGAGUGCAGCUGUCAAACAUGUGUAGCAAACAGUUGCGUAGAUGGCAAUAGUGAAACACGGAUUUCCAACGGUUAUCAAUUUGAAAGUUUACACAGGUUUUUGAAGAAAUUUUCUUCUAGCCUAAAUGUCUGUUAUCUGUGGUAGAACCAAAUACAAAUUACACAUUUGUAUUUGGUAGAACCUUGCGGCAAUCAGAACGUAGUAACAACAAAAUGUAGUCUUAAGAAUUUUCUUUUAACAUAUUUUGUAAAAUAAAAUACGGCGCAAAUGCCUUGUGAAAUAAA